ACCUACAUUAACCCUGGACGACAGUCACCAUGCGUUUCCCCGGCCCUUGGCUGUGUCUGGGUCUUCUGUGCAUCUCGGUCAAUGCAGACUCUGUGGAUGACGGUGCUGAGACGGUGGAAGACUUUGGCGAGAGCUCGGAGGAGGUUGAUGUGAAGGAAGGAGAACUCGCCCCAGAGAUAAAGUAUAAGACACCUCAACCUAUAGGAGAAGUAUAUUUUACAGAAACUUUUGAUAAUGGAAGACUGGCUGGGUGGGUCUUAUCCAAAGCAAAGAAAGAUGAUACAGAUGAGGAGAUUUCUAUAUAUGAUGGAAGAUGGGAAAUAGAAGAACUGAGAGAGAACCACGUGCCGGGUGACCGGGGGCUGGUGCUCAAGUCCAGAGCGAAGCACCAUGCCAUCUCCGCUGUCCUGGCCAAGCCCUUCGUCUUUGCUGAUAAGCCUCUGAUAGUCCAAUAUGAAGUAAAUUUUCAAGAUGGUAUUGAUUGUGGAGGUGCAUACAUUAAACUCCUAGCAGACACUGAUGGUUUGAAUCUGGAAAACUUUCAUGAUAAAACAUCUUAUACCAUUAUGUUUGGACCAGAUAAAUGUGGCGAAGAUUAUAAACUUCACUUUAUCUUCAGACAUAAACAUCCCAAAACUGGAGUUUUUGAAGAGAAACACGCCAAGCCUCCCGAUGUAGAUCUUAAAAAGUUCUUUACAGACAGAAAGACUCAUCUUUACACCCUUGUAUUGAAUCCAGAUGACACGUUUGAAGUAUUGAUUGAUCAAAUCGUUGUCAACAAAGGAAGCCUGCUAGAGGAUGUGGCCCCUCCCAUCAACCCUCCCAAAGAAAUUGAGGAUCCCAGUGACAAGAAGCCUGAUGACUGGGACGAGAGAGCAAGAAUCCCGGAUCCUGCUGCGGUCAAACCAGAGGACUGGGAUGAAAGUGAACCUGCCCAGAUCCAAGACGCCAGCGUCGCGAAACCCGAGGGCUGGCUGGACGACGAGCCGAAGCUCAUCCCAGACCCGCGAGCGGAGAAGCCUGCCGACUGGAAUGAAGACAUGGAUGGGGAGUGGGAGGCGCCUCGGAUUUCUAACCCAGCGUGCCGGGUUGGGUGUGGCGAGUGGCAGCCCCCCAUGAUAGACAACCCGAAAUACAAGGGCAUCUGGAGGCCUCCGAUGAUGGACAACCCGGCCUACCAGGGAGUCUGGAGCCCUCGAAAAAUUCCCAAUCCAGAUUACUUUGAAGAUGACCAUCCAUUCCUGCUGACUUCGUUCCGUGCUCUUGGUUUAGAGCUUUGGUCCAUGACCUCUGAUAUCUACUUUGAUAAUUUCAUUAUCUGUUCUGAAAAAGAAGUAGCAGACCGCUGGGCUGCAGAUGGUUGGGGAGUGAAAAUAAUGAUUGCAAAUGCCAAUGAGCCCGGCGUCUUGAAGCAGCUGAUGGUGGCCGCGGAAGAGCGCCCCUGGCUCUGGGCCGUCUACCUUGUGACCACUGGGCUUCCAGUCGUGCUGAUUGUUUCGUUUUUUUGGCCAAGAAAAGUAAAGAAAAAAAGUGAAGAAACCGAGUAUAAAAAUACCGAAUUAUGCAAACCCCAGACCAAGGGCGCCCUGGAGCAGGACGUAAAGGCAGAGAAGGCGGCUCUGGAGAAGCCCGCAGACCUGGACGAGGGGGAAAAGCAGAGCGAUGGCGAAAUUGCUGAAAAGGAAGAGGAAGGUGACCCUGAGGAAAAGAGUGAAGAAGAAAUUGAAAUCAUAGAAGGACAAGAAGAAGGUAAUAAAUCAAAUAAGUCUGGAUCAGAGGAUGAGAUGAAGGAAGCGGACGAGAGCACAGGCUCCGGCGACGGGCCCGUGAAGUCGGUGCGCAAGCGGCGGGUCCGCAAGGAGUGAGGCCGCGGGGGGCCGCCUCCGCCGCGUGUCCAGAGUCGGGGUGCGGCCUGGCCGCCCGCACACCCCUUUCUGCUACUAGCCACGUUAUUCCUUCAGACUUUUAUUUUAGCAAAAGGAAACCUUUGAAGUUACCUGGUAUUUAACUUUAGAAUAAAAGAAAAGUGACGUUACCUAUCAGAUUUCAACACUAUCAUUAGGUGUUCCACAGUUUUAAUAGUUUGGAGAAAGUUUUGGUUUGUACAGAGUGAAAAAAGUAAGAUUUUUUUUGGGGGAAAAAAUCAGUCACUGGAAUUUCCUCUUCAAGGUUCUGCUUCAGUAUAACUGGUGGUUUUAUAAUCUAAGCCAGAGUGUGUUCUGUUGUACAGAGCUACAUGCAAUAAAGUUUCUGUAUGAUUGUUUGAUGUCCCACAAAGUGUUGUAUGUAACCCACACUUAACCUGGUUUGUAUGUGACCCACACUUACCUGGUUUGUGUCAAAUUAUAGUCAUGGGCUCUUGUUCACUUAGUUUAUAGAUUCUUUUAAAGAGGAGCUUUGUUGACAGGCAAGUCAACAAAACAGAAGUGUCUGUCAUAGAAUCACUGGCUAUUAGUGCAGCGUAUUUUACGUUUGAUAACAAAAGUAAUAGGUUUCUCCAAACAAAACGGUGUGCAUAUUUUUUCCAACUUUUACCAUUUUCUGCUAGAAUGGCUUGCCCCGGGCAGAGGCAGGCUCGUGCACGUAUUGCUCUGGAAAUAAAACUGAAAGCUUUUUAAUUCUUUAAAUUAUACCCUCUCUAAUAGGGAAACUAUUAUCGAGGAGUCUCUGAAUUACUCCCCUUUAUCUGACGAUUAAGAUUCCAGUUGCUAAUGAGUAUCAGUCAUCAUGCUUUGUAUUUUCACUCGUUUCCCGCUGAAGUCUGUUAUCUCAUCCAGCAGCACAGCUGCCUCUCAGGUAGCCGGCACCCCCCCCUCCCCGGCCUCCCCAAAGUGAUGGAACCACAUCAGAAUGGAGACAUUGUUCCACUGGAAAUGUUUUAAGAGCUUUUCCUGUUUGGGGACAGGUCAGAUCCCAAGCUGGCCAGCAUCUGUGCCAGCACAGCGCCGCCCUGAGAGCUGGACUGGGUGACUCAGCCUUGCGCGCUUCACUCACUGGCUUGCCGGGCCCUGGGGCAUCUCCCGGCCAGCCCCCGCCCAGCAGCGCACUGGGAGCCUGCCCGUAAGGAAGACACAUCUCUGGAUCUUCCUUGUGGGCAAGGACACGGAGUUAGCCAGUGGGAACUGCGGCUCCCUGUUCUGGAGAGAGCGCGGCUGCAGUGCGCGCGUCCCGCUGGGCUGGACAGUCUGACACCCGGUCACCUCACCUACUGCCGCCUGGACCUGACACGUCCGCAAGGACGCCCGUCCCUGCUUUGUACUGGAGUGAACUAGACAUAGCGACUGACUCCAGAGGGUGUUUCUGAGCCGCUCCUUUGGGGAGCAGUCCUUUCUUAACCUUAUGGAAACCUUGCCGACAGAUGUCUUGUAUUUUUCCUAAAGAUUUAUUAAAGCUGUUUUCACUUU